ACCGUUGAACUGGAAGUAGACACUUUAUCUUUUAAAAGUGGAGCAUUUAAAGGCACGCUGUGGUGCGUGGGGUUAAACAGCUUUAGGGCAAACGUGUAAGCGGCUGUCACGCGUGACAGCGGUCCACACUGCAGCUUGACAGCGGUGCCGCGCGUUUAUUUUCGGGUAGAUCGAGUGAGCGCUCGCUGCCGUCCGUCCGCCACAAACUCGUUUAAAAUCCCACGCAACCCGCUUCUGAUGGCGUGCGCUAGUUGAAAGACGGCAGCGGGAGGGGAGACGGCCACGUUUGUUACUAUGGCGGCGUCGCUGCUCUCCGAGGUUGACAUCAGGUACCGGUCCAUGGCGGAGGAGGAUCCGAACAGCAACGAGCACGGGGCGGCGGCACACUGCGCAGCGCCCCGCUGGGGACCGCAGCACGCCGGAGCCCGGCAGCUGGCUCGGCUCUAUUCUCCCGGUAAGCGUGUCCAGGAGUGGGUGUGCGUGAUCGUGUGCCUCGUCCUCUUUGUCGUCAACUUCACUUUGCUCUUCCUGCACUUUUCCACCCUUCACGUCUACAAGAUCAUUCUCGGCAUUGUGCUGGGAAUCUUGACAGCAGACUUUGCAUCCGGGAUGGUACACUGGGGGGCGGAUACUUGGGGAUCUGUAGACAUCCCUCUUAUCGGCAAGGCAUUUAUUCGGCCGUUCAGAGAGCACCACAUUGACCCCACCGCCAUCACCCGCCACGACUUCAUUGAAACCAAUGGAGACAAUUGUAUGAUCCCCAUCCUGCCACUGGCACACAUGGCCUACAAGUUCUCCACUUACACACCAGAGGCCUUGGCGGCGUCCUAUCCUUGGGACUGCUACGUUUUCGCCCUGGCUGUUUUCGUCACGUUGACCAACCAGAUUCACAAAUGGAGUCACUCCUACUUCGGGCUCCCGUGUUGGGUCACGCUGCUGCAGGACUGGCAUGUGGUGUUGCCACGGAAACACCACCGCAUCCACCAUGUUUCACCGCACGAGACGUACUACUGUAUCACUACAGGCUGGUGUAACUAUGCCCUGGACCAGCUGGGCUUCUGGAGGCACAUGGAGCAUCUGAUCGAGCGACUGACCGGUCAAAAGCCUCGAUCUGAUGACCUGGCUUGGGCCAAGAAGACCGACUGAGGACAGAUCGGAAGGAGCUAAAAAGAAAACACACACACACACACACACCACACAUUUCAACCAAAAUAACUUGUUCUUAUGUAACAUUGAAAUUUCUUAUUGGUGAAUUUGGGGACGUGGGUAGCCUAAUUUAGAAAUUCUAUUUAGUCUAUUUAAUAUAUCAAUCGCUCAUUUCAAUUGAACUGUCGAAACAAAAUAAUUUUGCAUAAUAUUUCAAUUUGUUGAGGUACACUUAUAUGUAUAUGUCCUUGUUUCAUGUUAUGACAUUCCAGGUCCUUUUUUGAAAAUAAUGUUUUAAGCUGCAUUCGCUGUUGCACAAUUAAAAUUCCAAAUGCAGACGUGACAUUCGCAAUUGUGCAUCCGUUUACAUGAAGUCUAUUUUCGGAUUAAAUUCCAUACACAUGCUUGUCAAUUCGCUCCAACAAGCUUGACUCCAACUCCAACUGCUUGACACUUUGAACACAUGUUGAGUGUCACCCCGCAUUCAAAGGGUCAACGAUAACUGCACUUUAUUCUCCCUUAAGGUCAAGGGUCACUAAUGCAGCACGCGCACACACGUUUACACCAAAUUUCUGUCAACACACACGCAGAUUCUCAUAAUGUGUUUUUUUUCCCUCUGGCUUUAUAAUUUUCUAUUUUCUUAUUAACAAAUCAAGCCAUGAGGAGUUCAACUCUUGAUUUUACAUUUUGCAGUUUACCGCUCGCUGCUUGUCUGCCUUAAUGUUUUUAUCUGCUCUUCUCUUUGAAUAAAGAAUUAAACUAUUCCAGAUGUUCAA